AUGUCCUCGUAUCCCUGUGCCGUGUUUCCGGAUGAAAUAGACCUCUACAUCUCCUUACCGGAGUGGCGUCCCGUCCCCCUUGUUUGCCGCAGGUGGAUCGAUCAGCACAACGUACUGGUGAAACUUUGCCAGCAGGCGUACAUCGAAGCCUCGACCAAGCAGGAAGAAGUCGUCAAAGAUCGUCUUCUGCUCGAGGACAAGCUUACCGUGCUGAUCCGGGAAGCAUUCAGUGUGGUCCUGUGGCGCGAAGAAGUCUUGCCUCGACUGCUUGCAUUGAAAAACCCAGACACCACCAUCCUGCUGUACAGCGUGUUCUACCACGAGGCGAACGUUGCGUCUCUGCUCGAAACAAUCCUCUAUCAUGCGCCCACGGUAGAAGCGUUGGGUAGUGAGGCCACCGAUUUGGUCGAUUAUUGCGCCGGUGCCAUCGGCCGGUUGAUUGGGCUGCUCGCCAAUGGCUACAAUGAUCGCGAAGAUGAUCCACCACCGACCGAGCUGCUGAACGAGUCGACCAAGGACGAGGUAGUGAGGAUGCAGUGUGGCAUGGAGUUCCGUGUCGGCAUGAAGUGUCUCGUUAUCGCGUCCUACCUUAUCAAUGAGCUAGAUCGACUUUCGUUCAGUGUCGGCACCCGGCUCGUACGAGUCCACGAUUUCCCUUGUCUACUGGCGGAGGUGCUCCACUCGAAACCCUGGCUGCGCCGAAAUCGUUCCGGUGUGUUUGAGAAGUACCGUCAAGACACCUGGACGCAGGUACACGGCGAAAACGUACUGACCGUCUGCGAGAGUGAAGCGCAAACGUGGUUCGCUCUGCACAAACUGCUGUUCAAUGAGCAGUUGAUGCGUUGCUACGAAAUCAAUAGCUACCGCCAGCGUACGAUUGGCAAAUGUGUUGGUUUGCUCAAUGAACACGUUCUCGAUCAGCUGCCACCAUUGGCGGUACUGAAGCAGCACCUAUGCACGCUGCAGAUAGCAUCAACGGACGGUGCGACAUCUAGCGCUCCAACCUUCCUGCUCGAGGAGCUACCGGAAGUACGAGAUUCGCUGGCAAAGCGCAUGAAUCAUACCGGGCUGGACAAGAUCGUUGAGCUACACCGUAAAUUGUUUAUCGAUCUGGAACCGCACCAAGUGACCGAGAUGGCCAGCAAGCUGAAUGCGGCCUACAACUUGGAUCGCAUCGAAGAGCACCUUCCCGAGGUGAAGCCAGAGGGGAACGCUGGAGCGAUCAAAGUGUGCGGUUCGUGUGGAUCGUCGGCAAUCAAAAAGUGCUCCAAAUGCCUAAACGUUUACUAUUGCUCUCGCGAGUGUCAGGUGCGUGAUUGGCCGGAACAUAAGGAGCUGUGUCAUCAGCUGAGAGUUAACUAGAAAAUCGUAGGCGAGAUGUAAUGUGUGUUUGGAAAGGGCAAUCCCUUCAUCUUCAUUUAG